UUUAAUAAGAAGGCUAGCAGUUCUAAGUCAAUGAAAAACAUUUAAAAUUUGAUAAAAAAAAAUUAAUUGUAUAAUAGUGAACUUAUUAAAAUAAAAUAAAUAUAAUGCUGUGCAAAAAUUCACCACCACCUGAUAGUCCAAUUGGAUCAGAUAUUUCAGUUGGUUCACCUAGUCCGCCACCUCCACCAGUUUCUCAUAGUAUAUCAUCGAGAUCAGCUUUAAUAAAUUUAUCAAAAGUUUUAAGGCAAUCACCUGAUAUUACCACAUCAAUAAAUAAAAGAAAAUAUGAAGAUCCACAUAUAUUAACGAAAAGACUGAAAUUAAUUAAUGAAUCUGAAUCUAGUACUUUGGAAAGACGUUGUGAUCGAUCACAUUCACGUAGUGUUUCACCACCACAAAAUCUAGGUGCAAUAUUACAAGCACCAUCACAAGCAAAUGGGAAAUCAAAUGCAGAAAAGGUAAAAAGUUUUUCAAUAGCAGAUAUAUUAGGACACCAUGAAACCAAUUUACGAAAUGAAGCUGCACAACAAUUACAAAAUCGUUUACAACAAGAACAACAAAGACAAGAAGAGCAACAGGGACAGCAACAACGACAACAAUAUAACAAUAAUAAUUUAAAUUUAAUUGCAUCAAAAAUUGUUCGUCCAUGGGAUCAUUUACGUGGUCCAAUUCCAGUAAGACCAUUCCUUCCUUCUGCAUUAUUUCAUUAUGAACAAAGAUUAGCAUUAGAUUAUCAAAGACAAUUACAAGAACAUUUAAAUGCGCAAGCAGAAUUAUUAAGGCAACGUAUAUCAUUAGAUAUUAAUCAUUCAGAAAGUGGUUCAGAACGUUCUAGUUCUGCUGCAAGUGAUUGUUAUUCACCAUCUGAUAUUGCUAAUAGGUUAUCUGCUGAUUCAAUACAUAAUUUAAGUAAUCAUCAUCACCAUCAAAAUAGAAAUUCACCACGUGGUAAUAAUAGUUUAAACAAUGGUACAAGUUCCACAUCUACAUCAAAACAAGAUAGUUCAAAUAGUAGUCAAAAGAACAAACCAAAUGGUACACCACUAGAUGCUCUAUUUCAAUUAACCAAUAAGAAUUUUGAUGAAACGGAAGACCAAUCACAUUUAGAUUUAUUUGCAACGAGACCACAACCAAAGAAAAAAAGAAAAUCUCGUACUGCGUUUACAAAUCAUCAAAUAUUCGAAUUAGAAAAACGCUUCCUAUAUCAAAAAUAUUUAUCACCGGCUGAUCGUGAUGAAAUUGCAGCUGGUUUAGGUCUAUCAAAUGCUCAGGUUAUAACAUGGUUCCAAAAUAGACGGGCAAAAUUAAAACGUGAUAUGGAGGAAUUAAAAAAAGAUGUUGAAAGUGUUAAAGCACUUUCGGCUCACAAAAGUUUCCUUGAAAAUGUAAACGAUUUAAGUAUAUUAAAGAAAAAACCAAUGCAUGAUCCGCCACCAGAUGACGAUCAUCACUCUCAUAGUCAUCAUAUCACAAUUGCUCAUCAUCAUCAUGCACCAGCACCACAAACAAUAUGUAGUCCUCAGAAAUAAUUAUAUAUUUUCGUGCUAAAUUUCUAAUAUUGUUUCAAAAGGGAUAGCAAAAAGAUAACUGUGAUAUUCAUUUUGUUGGCUAAGAAAAUAAUAAUCCAGCUGCACAACAAUAUUAUCCUGCAGUUAUUUUCGAAUAACAUACUGUAGAAAAAUUAAAGAAAACUAAACCAAAGUCAAAAAUAAAGAGUUUUUGAAUUAAAAUCUAAAUUUAGAUUUCAAGGAAGGAAGACUAAAACACGAAUAUUCGUUGGAAUUUUGAUUGCAAGAAAAUUUGAAUGGAGAAAAAUUAACUGUGUGAAAAUAAUUGUAAAUAAUUUGAUUAUAGAUUAAUUUAAAAUUUUACUAAAUUAUUGUA